CGAAAAGACUCACAAAUGCACAUAGAAAGGAUUAGAACACAGCCAAUUAAAGGGGUCCAACUAUUUUUCCCUUUUAUCAAUUGGUAACAAACAAAUCUCAAUUUUUUAACUCACCAACGACCCACCUAACUUUAAAUAGCAGCCAAGAAAGAAGCUUGGUCAUUCAUUCCCCUACUUGAGAAAAUGAGGAGAAGCUCACUUUAUAUGUCAUCUUUUCUACUCCACAUUCUUCUUCUAUCUUGUAUUCUCUUCACACCUACUCAUUCCUCUGAUGGGGAUGAGGAUGGUGAUUUGGUAGACCAAAUAUGCAGAAAAACACCCUUUUAUGACCUUUGCAGCUCCAUCUUACACUCAAAUCCUUUAGCCCCCAAAAGUGAUCCAAAGGGUAUGGCCCUCAUAAUGGUCAAUGACAUUCUGGCUAAUGCCACUGACACACUUGGUUACAUUGAAGAGUUGAUCAAGGAAACCUCAGAUGAAAAAUUGGAGCAACAAUUGGCCUUUUGUGCUGAGUCAUACAUCCCAGUUGUGAAGUACAUUAUUCCACAAGCAGCUGAUGCCAUUAGCCAAGGUCGAUUUGGGUUUGCCAGUUACUGCAUAUUAGAUGCUCAGAAGGAAGUAAAUGCUUGCGACAAGAAAUUUUCUGGCUCAAAUCAGGCACCCUUAGGUGACAGAAAUGACAUUAUGCAGAAGCUCGUGGAUGUGGCUGCAGCAAUAGUUAAACUAUUAUUAAAUGGCUGAUUUGUUUUUCAGCCUCAUUUAUUGUAGUGUUUAGUAAUUACUAGUGCUCGUAUUCUUAUUCCAUAAAUAAAUGCUUUAGAUGCUUGAGUUUGUA